CGGGCAGACUUUGCGAUAACCCAACCCAAACAAACGACUCCGUCGCAAAAGCAUCCUCGCUCUCCUCCUCCCGACGCAUUAGCGAUUUACUCGACCCGAACAGGUCCCCAGAUUUCAAGAUGGCCGGAAACUUUGAGGAAGUCGCCAAGCAGUUUGUUGAGUACUACUACAACACCUUUGACUCUGAUCGCAAGGGCCUCAAUGCUCUCUACCGACCUAACUCCAUGCUCACAUUCGAGUCUGCUUCUGUCCUCGGCGCCGAGGCCAUUGCUGAGAAGCUUGUUAGCCUCCCCUUCCAGCAGGUCAAGCACAAGGUCGCCACCCUCGACGCACAGCCCUCCAACGACCAGGGUGGAGUGAUUAUCCUCAUUACUGGUGCUCUUCUUAUCGACGAGGAGCAGAACCCCAUGAACUUCUCCCAAACCUUCCAGCUUCAACGCGACCAAGCUGGCAACUACUACGUCUACAACGAUCUUUUCAAGCUUGUUUUCGGUUAAAGCAGCUUGUCAACCUUGCUCAACGCCUUGCUCCCGACUGAGAGAUGAAAGCGAAGCCUACAGAUGUACCAAGUGGGGCAAGAGAGGAGGGGAAAUUAAAGCAGCAAUGACAAUGGCAAUGGAACAGUGUUUUUUGACGAUACGAUGAAAUUUAGAGUACGGUCUCAGGUACAACAUAUUCAUGUUUAACUUGACUGUGAUUUUGCUUGACGAUCUCCCCCACAGUGCCAGUCAGUAGUAGGGGGUCAUCAAACGCUGCAGACUCAUCUGAUGACGUGACAUAGAAUGCCCUACGCGGAUUCUAGACUGGCCGGCCAGCUCAGUGUUAGACUUGUCAGAACCGGAACAGCUUAUAGGAAUUAGACAUCACACAUACAGUAGCGGAAUGGACCGGCUAACGGGUUCGGACCCAGGACUUUGGGAUAAGGGCUCCAUUAAUGCUUACCUGCCUACUGGGUAGCAGAAAAGUUGACCUCCUAAGUCUCAGGGUAUAAAAAUAAAUGGCCUAAAGGCUAUGAUUUUAGUAGCAUAAGAUGACCUACUAAUUUCGUCUCUUAUGUUCUCAGCGGCCAAUUUUUCUGAUACUGAGGCCUGCGUAGGUAGGUAGAAACGGAAAAUACCAGUCUAUAUCCUUCCAUAAGUACCCGUACCCAGAAGGGCGGGAAUAAACAGAUUUUCCAUUGUCUUGAGCUCUCAUCUCACUUCGGCAAAUCGAGGGAAGC